GUUUGUAAAACAAUACCGGACGGAUGUACUUGUGAAACUUCUCAUCCAAACGCGCGGUGACCAACCAUGGCCAUGAAACCAUACGCAGGGUCUCGAAUUGCUUGAAGCAAACUGUCGCUUCCCCGAAGACUGCCAAGAUCCAGAACCAUGAGCAGAAGUAUUCGAGAAAGAACAGACUAUCCAUUCUAGAUCGCCACCGUCCGCAGACCACCCGUUAUCUUCCGGAACGCAGAUCAACGGCCACAAGCGUCUGUCGUUAUCGGGCAUGGACAUGGAAAUCCCGUUUCCCGAAGAGCUUGAAUUGCUUGAAGCUAACUAUCACCUUCACGAUGACUGCCUAGACUUUGAACCGGCGGAACCUUACCCAGAAGAAUACGGCAAAGAACAACCUACCCCUUCUAAAUCGCCGCCCUCCAUAGACCACCCGCCAUCAUACGAAGUCCGAAACAAUGCCCAUAAGCGUUUGCGAUCAUCGGACGGUCCUGAUGAGUCGAUUGCGGAAAACUCCGGAUUGUCGGAUGAGAAACGGAGCAGGGUCGAUGAUGUGGACCGGUCCGAGAAUGAUGAGGACUGGCUUUACUCGCCGCCACACGAGAUAGAUCCGGUGGUCGAUCAACGAGUUACUGAUGUUGUGGAGGAGAAAGUUGUGUCAAGGUAUGCGUCGGAGAUAGAUGGUAGUUUCAUUCCGGUGACGGCGCCGAGUGCCGGGGAUAGAGUUUACGCGAAGAUAUGCUUGGUGGAGAAGGAGCGUCCCAAGAAAUUGCAUGUAAAAGGAACAUCGGGAGGUCUUAUAUCAGAACCUAUUAAUGAUCUAUUGCAAAGAGUGGAGAAAGAGGCAUUUAGGAAGAGUUGUUUGAAGACCUUGCGAGCUCGCUUUGAAGUUCAGAGUGAAACACCACUACUGCAUGAACAACUUUGGGUGGAUAAAUAUGCUCCAAAUUCAUUUAUUGAGCUUCUGAGUGACGAACAAACAAAUCGUGAGGUCCUCCUAUGGUUAAAACAAUGGGAUCCUUGUGUUUUUGGAUCUGAAAUUAGGAGCACAUCCAAUGAGGUUUUGUCUGCGUUGAGACGACAUUCUUCUAUCACUCAACACCACAAACUUUCUGAUUCAAAGGUUUCAAGAAAUAACAGAGGAUGGAAUAAUGAAAAAAAUAUGCAUUUUAAGGAUAUGAAUGAUGAAAGUGCUAAUUCAAAAAGCAUUCCAGAGUUGUGGAAUAAGUCAAGGUCUACCAGUCCCCCAGAACAAAAGAUCCUUUUACUUUGUGCUCCAGGGCUUGGGAAGACUACACUUGCACAUAUAGCUGCAAAGCAUUGUGGGUACCGAGUGGUGGAGGUUAAUGCUAGUGAUGACCGAUCAUCGUCAACUGUUGCAGCUAAAAUUCUUGAUGUUGUUCAGACGGAGUCCGUCGAAGUUAUUGAGAAGAAGUUCCUCAGAAUGGACUCGACGCCAAAGUGUUUGGUGAUUGACGAAAUAGAUGGGGCUCUUGGAGAUGGGAAAGGUGUCGUGGAAGUUAUUCUAAAAAUGGUAUGUGCUGAUAGGAAAUCUUAUAUGGAGAAGGAGAAUAUCAACAAUGAACAAAAAUCAGGAAGGGUUUCUUCAAAAGGAGGGAGAAAAACUGCAUCGUUGUCGAGGCCUGUUAUUUGCAUAUGUAAUGACCUAUAUGCACCUGCCUUGAGACCAUUGCGUCAAGUUGCAAAGGUUCAUGUUUUUGUACAACCAACAGUGAGUCGAGUGGUGAGCAGGCUUAAAUAUAUAUGUAAUAAGGAGGGAAUGAAAACAAGUUCCAUUGCACUUACUGCACUUGCAGAGCACACAGAAUGUGAUAUACGUUCAUGCUUGAACACUCUUCAGUUUCUGAACAAGAAGAAGGAAGCACUCAAUGCGUGGGAGAUUGGUUCUCAAGUGGUUGGUCGAAAGGAUAUGUCAAGAAGUGUGAUUGAUGUCUGGAAAGAGAUCUUCCAAAAGAAAAGAACGAAGAGGGAAAGAACAACCAAUGGUAGCUGUGGAGUUAUGUCAAAUGAUUUUGACUUUUUGCAUUCUCUCGUUUCUAACUGCGGUGACUAUGAUUUGAUUGCGGAUGGUCUUCAUGAAAACUUUUUGCAUCUCCCUUAUCAUGAUCCAGUGAUACAAAAGACUGUCAAAUGCUUAAACAGUCUUGGUGCCUCCGACCUUAUGCAUAAAUAUAUUAUGCGUACACAACACAUGCCUCUUUACGUUUAUCUGCCUGCUAUUGCAAUCACUAUACAUCGUUUGGUAGCCCAAGUGCAGAGACCAAACAUUGAGUGGCCAAAAUCAUAUCAUAGAUACCGCACAGUGUUGAUGGAAAAGGUGGAAACUUUGAGGUCUUGGUACAACACAAUUCCACCAUCUAUUUCAAGACAUUUGUCAAUUAAGUCCUUAGUAGAAGACUCAAUUUCAUUGCUGUUACACAUCCUGUCACCCCCAACUCUACGGCCGGUGGCAUUGCACUUGCUAUCAGAAAAGGAGAAGAAUGAUUUGGCUCAGUUAGUUAGCACGAUGGUCUCCUAUUCUAUAGCACAUAGAAGCAUGAAGGCCGAUCUUCUGCCUAGCAAUCCCAGACAUGAAGCAGCUGAUGCCUCAUCACUCUCUUUCGAUCCCCCCAUUAACGACUUCAUUAACUUCAAGGGCUAUAGAUCUGGUCAUCAUCUACUUGCAUCAACCAUGAAGCAGGUGUUGACGCACGAGGUUGAAAAGCAAAGGAUCUUGCAAGCAAGCGCUGGAAGAUCUGUGCAUUCAACAGUUGGAUGCAACAAGGAAAACCAUGGUCUUUUCGUUGCAGAAACUAGUAGAUUACAAUUUGCUAGAGCUUAUUGUGAAGGUGAAUGUGCUGUAAAUGCUGGAAACUCAGAAAACAUAUCAAAUGGAAGGCAGCCAAAUCCCUGUACUUCAAGUGUUUCAUUGAACUUGAGCUCUAAAAUUACCACAGCCAGGGAAAAAUUAAAUUCUCCUGGAAGUAUGAGGUCUUCUAAUGGUUCCUCUGGUUUUUUUGACAGAUUUAGAAAGCUGCACAAAGGUACUCAGAAGACUGAUGAUGCUGUUCAGAAGGAAGCAACGGCAGAGAGAGAUUCACGGCCACUAGUUUUUAAAUAUAACGAGGGCUUUACAAACGCAGUUAAAAGGCCAGUUCGCAUUCGUGAAUUGCUGCUGUGAUGAUCUUGACUUUUGUAUGCCAUAUGCUGUUUCGAAGGGAAGACUUGCAUGCCGUUUAGGUCUCUCUGAGAGUUACAUUACAUAGACAUUGAGGCUCGUCUCAACUAACUGUAUUCUAUUGUGCCCGCUAAUGAAUAUUACCAUUUUAAUGAUGGUCGUGUCCUAACUUUUACAAAUGUAAUUCACUCUUAAGGAUGGCCCUUGAUGAUGUGGAACUUGGAAAGCUUGUAGAUGUUUACUCAGUCAUGGAG